UUUGUUGAUAUGUUAAGUUAAAAGUUAAUUGAUUAUAAAUAAUAAUAUUAUCAAUAUGUACAAAGUUAUGUAAAGUUAUAUUUUUGAAGUGUAAAAUGCAGCUACGAAUAAUUGUGUGCUAUUUACUCCUAAUUUAUCUUGAAGCGUCCAUUUGUCUGCAAAUCGUCGGUGUGUCCAUACCAAAUUUAAAGCAACGAGGGGAGUCAGUUACUAUGACUUGUGAUUAUGACCUCGAGGGCGGUAAACUGUAUUCUGUGAAGUGGUAUAAGGAUAAUGAAGAAUUCUACAGAUACAUGCCCCGGCUGAAACCGCCACAACACUCGCAUAGAGUUGAAGGCGUUAAAGUUGACAUGGAGAGGUCAAGCGCUCGCCGCGUUCACCUGCGGGAUUUAACAUUAAAAUCUCGAGGUCUUUACCGCUGCGAGGUGUCUGAAGAGGCACCAUCUUUUCAUUCAGCACAAUCAGAGGCUUUCAUGGAAGUUUAUUAUAUUUCCCGUGAAAAUCCUCGUAUAGUUGGAUACGAGCGACUUUACCAAAUACAUGAACCUUUGGACGUUAAUUGUUCUUCGGCGAAGGCAUUCCCACCACCGCUGUUGGAAUGGCAUGUGGAUGGGCAAUUGGUAACAGAACCAUCAUGGUUGAUAGAGUACGAGCCAGCAGCCACGUCCCAGGGCUUUUUUAUAUCGACUUUGGGUUUGCGAGCGCCUGCCAAACCACAUUUACGACUGAAAUGCGUUGCUAUCUUGGCAAAUCAUAAAAGGGAACGCACCAUUUUCAUCCAAACCAAUUCAUCGCCUGGACAACUAGAAGCUAGCUUAGAUUUAAUAAUUAUUUUCAUCGUCAGCAAUAUUAUAUAUCAGAAGAUAUCUUGAUGCAUUAAUUAAAAUUAUUGGUAAAAAUUAAAUUUAAAUUAAUUUGUAAAUAAAGUCAUCUCCUCCUCAAU